CUUGAAUGUCAGAUUGAUUAAUAAAAUUUAGGUUAAUCUGAAAACCACUGGAGUUGUAUGUUGUAUUGCAUUUCCAACGAGAAAAUAAAAAAUGGACUACAAAAACCAAAUUAAAAAGCACCUCACUACCAUUUUGACUUAUGAACCAGAAGAAAAUAUAUUGGAUUACUUGUUGGGCAUCAAAACAGAGACUGAUUUUGAAGAUUUCACCCAUGAUAUUUUGGAUCUUCAAAAUAGUUCACAUCAGAGAGCUUACAAUGCCAUCCGUGAUUUAUUAUUCGGUAAUAAGAGCAAUGUUAAAACGAAAGCUGAAAACUCUAAACCUAGAGAAGACAAGCAACAAAAAGACAAAGCCUCAAGUCAACCAACAACUAAUAAAAAUAAGAAUGCUUUCAAAGGAAAGAAGAAAUUCCAAGACAUAAAGCAAUUCAAGGAAAAAGAAAAAAUCAAAAGAGGAAGAGUUGAGUGCACUUGUCAGGGUCAAAUUCAUGGAUUCAUGAACAAUUGCCUCAAUUGCGGAAGGAUACAUUGUUUAGAAGAAGGUCCUGGACCAUGUUUUUAUUGUGGGAAUCCUAUUAAUGAAUCAGGUCGAAAUGAAGUAGCACCAAACUUUGCUCCUAAAGCAAACAAAAUUUAUGAUGAUGACAACGACUAUUUCAAAAUCAAAAGAGAAGAGGAAAAGAAGAAAAAAUCAAUGGUUAUCGCAAUAGAUUUUGCUACACGUAGAGUUAUCGAAUCCACAGAAGAAGAUGAACGCCUGAGGAAGAAAAUGUUAGAGGACUGUAAAAAACAUUUGAAAAAUGUUGAACAAUUGUUCAAAAAUCUACAAAAAUCAUCGGAGUAUAAACCAGUGGCAAAUUUGCAUGAAGAAAUGAUCAAUAUUCUUUUGAAAAUGAGACACGUUAAACCAGUUGGCAUCGAACCUGACCUAGAGAAAGAAGAUGCAUUGAUGCCCGAUUUGAAUUUUAGGACUAAACUAUUCUCAGAAGGGUUUGACCAAGGGUUAUGUUUGAGUAUGCACCAGCCAUAUGCAAGUUUACUCAUAGCUGGUGUGAAAAAACAUGAAGGUAGGAAUUGGCCAACAAAUCACAGAGGAAUUCUGUGGAUAGCUGCUGCAGCACAUAAACCUGAACCUGAGGAAGUUUCCGAAGUGGAGAAGUUUUACAGGCAGUAUUAUAAUGAUCCUAGCUUGAAAUUCCCAACAAGUUAUCCUACCAGUUGUCUACUAGGAUGUGUGGAAGUAGAGGAUUGCCUAAAUCAAGAAGUUUACAGAAAACAAUAUCCUAAUGGAGAGAGUGGAAGUCCAUUCGUUUUAAUCUGCGAGAACCCAAUAAUUCUGCCAAUAUUUUAUCCUAUUGUUGGUCAACAUAAAAUAUAUCCUUUGGAUAAAGAUUUACACAAAUGUGCAAAAAUGUGUUUGAGGUUCGCUAAUCUUAUGGAUGGAUAAGUUUACAAAAGAUGUGGUUGGAUCAAGUUUAUUUUUAUAAUACAGUAUAUGAAAAUUUGGCGAUACAUUAAAUAAGUAAAAAAUAAAUUAUUAAUAUAAAAUAUGAAGAAUAAAUGGUUUAAAAGA